GCCUUCCCCAUGAGGAGAGCCACUCCAUCGGAGAGUGGCCGUGUGUGUGUGCAUCCAGGAGGGCAGGGCUGAGGAUGAGGAGAUUCUCAGGGACCCAGAAGACCAUGUUCUGCCCAAAUGCCCAGCCUGAAGGCCUGAAGGUCAUGCCGUAAGAGAGCGUCGGCGGCAUCCUGGCGAUUUCUGCUUUGGUCCCUCUCUGUGUGAGCACCUCAUCAACAUGAAAUACAGUCUCCAUUUGACCUUCAUGUGUCUGAGUCUCUUCACUCCAAGGAUAUGUAUCCAGGGGAAUCAGUUCAACAUCGAGGCCAGCAGAAGUGACAAGCUCUCCCUGCCUGGCUUUGAGAAUCUCACAGCAGGAUAUAACAAAUUUCUCAGGCCCAAUUUUGGCGGAGAACCAGUUCAGAUAGCACUGACUCUGGACAUUGCAAGUAUUUCUAGUAUUUCAGAGAGUAACAUGGACUACACGGCCACCAUAUACCUCAGACAGCGCUGGACGGACCAGCGGCUGGUUUUUGAAGGCAACAAGAGCUUCACUCUGGAUGCACGCCUCGUGGAGUUCCUCUGGGUGCCAGACACUUACAUUGUGGAAUCCAAGAAGUCCUUCCUCCACGAAGUCACUGUGGGAAACAGGCUCAUCCGCCUCUUCUCCAAUGGCACAGUCCUAUAUGCUCUCAGAAUCACAACGACUGUUGCGUGUAACAUGGACCUGUCGAAAUACCCCAUGGACACACAGACAUGCAAGUUGCAACUGGAAAGCUGGGGCUAUGAUGGAAACGACGUGGAGUUCAGCUGGCUGAGAGGGAAUGACUCUGUACGUGGGCUGGAAAACCUGCGGCUUGCUCAGUACACCAUACAACGGUAUUUCACCUUAGUCACCAGGUCGCAACAGGAAACAGGAAAUUAUACACGACUGGUCUUGCAAUUUGAGCUUCGGAGAAAUGUCCUGUAUUUCAUUUUGGAAACCUAUGUUCCUUCCACUUUUCUGGUGGUGCUAUCUUGGGUUUCGUUUUGGAUUUCCCUCGAUUCAGUUCCUGCAAGAACCUGCAUUGGAGUGACCACCGUCUUGUCAAUGACAACACUGAUGAUUGGGUCCCGCACUUCUCUUCCCAAUACCAACUGUUUCAUAAAGGCCAUCGAUGUGUACCUGGGGAUCUGCUUUAGCUUCGUGUUUGGGGCCCUGUUGGAAUACGCAGUUGCCCACUACAGCUCCUUACAGCAGAUGGCAGCCAAAGAUAGGGGGAUGGCAAAGGAAGUGGAAGAAGUCAAUAUUACUAACAUCAUCAACAGUUCCAUCUCCAGCUUUAAACGGAAGAUCAGCUUUGCCAGCAUUGAAAUUUCCGGGGAUAAUGUCGACUAUAGUGACUUGACAAUGAAAACCAGUGACAAGUUCAAGUUUGUCUUCCGAGAUAAGAUGGGCAGAAUUGUUGAUUAUUUCACAAUUCAAAACCCUAGUAAUGUUGAUCGAUAUUCCAAAUUACUAUUUCCUUUGAUUUUUAUGCUAGCCAAUGUAUUUUACUGGGCGUACUACAUGUACUUUUGAGAGUACGUUGAAUUGUUUGCAUGUCAUGGUUCUUCAACAGAACAAGGAAAUGAUGUAAAUGGUAUUCUAAGCCAAGGGUGUGCGCUAACCCAAUAGUACUACAAGUGACUAAAAUAACAUUUGAGCAUUCCUCCUCAAAGUAUAUUCCCCCAACCAUUAUUUAAGCUGUGUAGAAGUCCGAGUCUUGUAAUAGAAACAUCAACUCAUUCCCUUUUUAUCUUUACCAAAGACAUCCCCAUGGACCCUAAGAUUACAAACCUACUCAGAGUUGACUAUUUGCUCAGUGGCUCCCUGGUCUGCAUUUACCUCAUAUAAAAAAUGAAAAGGAAGUUAUUAUAUGUAUUGAGUAACCCUCAAGUGUCAGUGGUUGUUUCUAAAUUAAUCAUACAUGCUAUUUACUAAAUCUCUACAGUGCUUGUAAAAUGCAUUGUUACCUAUUUAAGGAGUAACAUUUUCUAGUUUUUGUUUUUGAUUAAAAUGAAAUGUGGGCCUAAGUCAAUUCACUGGAAGUCACUGCACUAACUCAAUACUAAGAUGAGUUUUUAAUACAGUAUUUAAUACCACAGCAGAAUUGUCCCCAAAUUCCAAUAAGUUCCACCACUGAAAAAUCAAAUGUAAAUGAACAAAACAUUAAUGGAUCAACAAUCUCAAACAUAAAUUUGUUUCUAAGAUAUAAUGCAUUUCCCUGAAUCCAAACUGAAAGGGCUCUGGGGCUUUAUUCCCCCUUGAUAUGUCUUAUUUUACCACUAUACGUAUUCCAGUCCUCAACAAUGCGAAAGCCCUUUCCCCACAUCAGGGAUAGAAAUGGAAGAUUUUUUUAAAAGCUGAUUCUAAGGAGUCUUGCUUUGAACUGUUGCCAUCAAUACUUGCAGAACCGAGUCCAUUUCUAUCUGCUUCUCUGACACUGAGCACCACUUUCCCAGCAGCAGAUCUCCUGCAUCUUUCCAAGAGGAGCCCUUAUUCCUAUGCUCUAGUGACCAGGGCCGAUGCUUAUUAGAUCAUGAACUGCAUUACCCAGAAACAAGUGGCUUAGAACAAGUAAGCUUGGCCUUGCUCGGAACCCCGAUCCUUCUAGCUGGAUUACUUGGAGUAGCUUAUCCUGCAUGAGUAGGAGAAUGUUGGUUCUGAGUCCUGAACUUCCUGAGUAACAGCGGGACUUGUUCCAGAACCUACGUGCAGGCUGCAGAUGAGCUAUCUUUUCCAAGUCCAGCCACUCUCACUUUAACACAAGAAGCACAUUAUGUGCAUCCUUGCUCCUUGGUUAAGCUUAGCCGACAGCAUUUUUAAGUGGAGAUUUGCCAGGGUGUCAUGAUAAAGGCUUUAGUUCUGCCUCAAUCUUCAUUAAAAGAAUCUUGCCUU